GUAGUUAUAGCAAUGAGGGACCUAUUUCAAGUAGUGUUCGAGUUGAAGAAGAAAGAAAUCGAGAUGGCCAAACAAAAUCUUGAAGACAACAAACAAACACAUCCCAGCAGUUUGUUAAAGCAAAUAAACCUUUUCGAGAAUAAGUCCAAGAAUUCCACAGGCGAAAGUCCAGCUAAGGCAGUGGAGGGCGCGGAGGGGGGUGUAGCAGAAUUGGUUGACUUGGAACAGGAGUUAUGCUCUCUGCGAAGAGGUCUCUCACAAGUGGAGGGUCUGACACCUUCUAGUGAUCCAUUCGGGGACUCUUUUAUAACACCCCCACAGAAAGGAUUACUUCCGCCUCCACCAGGCGCUGGUCGGGGCCGAACCACACCUGGAAGAAGUUCUGGAAGUCCUAGCAAACCACCUUUGUCUUUUGACGUUCCUUCCGGACAGACCCCGUCUUUGGGAGCCGCGGGGGCAUCCAUGGGAACCCCGGGGCCAUCCAUGGGUCUUUCGGGACCUUCGGUGCAAGGUCUUGGGGGACAAGUGGCCUCUUUUGCAUCAGACUUCGAACAAUCCUCGCUAGUCGAUAAUGUCCCUGAACCAUUGGUUGGCUCGGUCGCCGGCAGCCGCCCGGCGCCCUACGACGUAUUCACCGAACUAGACCCUCUCGGCACCGGCCGGAGUAAACCUUACGUUGACAAAAAACUCUUCUUUCAGGAGCUCAAAAACCCACCAAAGAAAGUACUCAAAGACCUCGUCCCGACGACUUCCAUACUAAACGAUAUAUUACCGGUGACAGAACCCACGGACUCCUACGGUCCCACUACCACCAUGACGUCCCUCUCGCGUCACUCGGGCGGAACGGUGUCGAUAGUGAAAAACAAUCAGAGUACGGGGUACACGGGCUUCUUUUCCAGCGAUCCGUUCGCGGAAACCGAUCCUUUCGAUAAUACCGACCCGUUCUCGGAUACGUUCAAAGAAGACCCUUUUACGAGUAUGCAAGAGUUUUCAAAGUCGAGUUUUUUGAGAGCCGAGGACUCGAAAAGCAAAUUGAGCAAAGAUCCUCUAGAUAAGGAGAUCGGCCUGGAAAACCGAACCGGAAAGAAUGUGUUUAAUGGUCCGCUACACGUGUCCUUACCUCCCGAACCAGUUCCUAAAUCGCCGAGACUACAAAGGCAGAUGACAGACACAACCACCAUUCGCCAGCGCCCACAGCCCAGUUCUAAGAUGCCAGAUAAUGCGUCACCUCCUCCACCCUUACCCCCCAAGAAGGUUUUAGAACCGGGUUUGCCCCCGCCCAGACCGCCGCACGAGUAUGAGCCGGAUGUGGAGGAUUUGGAAACUGGGCCGCCCUUACCGAAACCGGUUCGGAAGAAAGAGCCUGUGGCGGACCGCAGUAUGAAACCGCGUAUGUCGUCAAUAACGACCAACAGUAGCGAGGACGAAUACCUUGCGCCUGCGCCGCCGCCUUUGCCCGCCGCUAAGCGUUUUGAUAUCACACUCUGUCAAUUACUUACGCUGACUAUGGACGAAUUGGCCAUUAGAUUGCGUGUGCCGGCGACGACACUAUCUUCAAUGACGUUGCCGCAACUAACUGAGUACUUGCGUUCUUAUUUAGCGGCCGAUGUCGAACGGGCGCAUAUACACGUUGAGCCAUCAAAAGCCAUAGAGAAAGAAAAUCUAACACCGAUACUCUCUAAUGCAAGAAUGCCUGAAAAGAUUACUCCCUUACCAUCGCUCGCAAAUGACUUCAAACCACAGUUCGAAGACAACUUUGCUCCUACCGACUCUGCAGACACAUUCGUUGCUAACUUCGAUGACUUUGACCAAAAGGCAAAUAGCUCUUAUGACAGAUACGCGGCGUUUAGAGAAAUACAAGAGCAAGAAUUAAAAGCUAAAUCAAUACUUGAUCCAAAAGAGCCCGCAAAAGAAGACGACAAAGAACUCACACACAUUCAAGAAUUACUUAAGACUGAAGACAAAAGUCCACUUAAAUCAUUAGACGAGUUGACGCUCAAUACGUUCAAUAUGUUCAGAAAUUCAGUCAGUCCGAAACCAGUUGACGCUAAAAUAGAAGAUGUUAAGAAUGUUAUGAUGAAUUUACAGUUAGAAAAAUCGAGACGCAGCGUAUCGCCGCGAGAGGAGAAACUGGACGAGACCGAUAAAUAUGCCGCAUUACGGGAAAUCACAAUAACAGAGCCACAAGAUGACUUCGAAUCUAUUCCCCCCGAAGUUCCUAAAGAACGAAAGAAGUCCGACGAGAAAUCAGACGGCUUCGACAAUUCGGAUUUCUUCGACUGUAUUGACAACAGUUCGUUAUCGUUUACGCAUGUUGAAGACGCUUUUAGGAAGAGUCCGGCUGUGAAAGAAAGGGAAGAGGACAAGAUAAUUGAAAAAAGUGAGACGCCGAUAGAUAUUCUACCGGUUAGUUUGCAGCCUCCUCAAAGGCUUUCGGCUGGUUCUAUCAGCGAUGUUGCUAGUGGAUCUUCACCUGAUACUAAAGAGCGGUGUGUGGGCAGCGGUGGGCUGAGGCGUCUGGCCUGGACUGAGGGCUGGUCUUCAGACUCGAGGGACUCAGAGCCGCGGAGGAGAAGGAGGACGCAUUUUGGACAAACAGUUCAAACAUCAUCGUCUUCCCGCGAUGCGUCCCCGUGGGAAGAAGAACGGUCAAUUCGACACACUACACGACGCGACAGAGAAUCACGCCACAACUCAUCAGGUUCGCGGGAAUGCUUGGACUCCGGCAGUGGACGUGAGAAGGAGAAAAUAAGAGACAAAAGGGAGAGUAGAGAUCAACGCGAUUCGGGAAGUGGAAGGGAUCGAAGGGAUCUCAGUAGGGAAAAGAGAGAUAGACGUAGUCGUGAUCGCGAUGGUUGGGAUAGAGAUAGACCAUACCGGGAAAGAGAUUACAGGGAUUCACGAAGCCGUGAAAGAUCUAAAGAUUACAGGGAAAUGGAGCGACAUAGGAAAACACGGCACUCUUAUGAUGAUGAUGAAGACUACAGCGACGGCUGUGGAUCUGGCAGAUCGUCACCCAGAAAAAGAUGGCCAGAACAGAGGUGGAGAAGAGAUGAAAGACAUUAUGGAUCUCUGGGCUGGAGAGAAACAAGGCGUCGUCAUGAGUUAAGGCAAGCUGAAGACUCUAGCGAACGAAGAAUGCCAUCAACAUAUACUAUGGGUUGGCCUGGUCGUCGUUCUGGCAGCCACCGCGAAUCUAACAGAGACCUGCGGGACUCAGGACGCGAGCAUUCGGGUCGGGACUCCCGAGAACAUCGAGAAUCUGGUCGGGACUCCGGCAGGGACUCAAGGGAUCCGCGGGAUUCAGGACGGGAAUCGGGUCGAGACUCCCGGGACCCCAGAGAUUCUGGACGGGAGUCAGCGACUUCAAAUCGGGACUCAUUACGAGAUUCCCGCGAUCCACGAAGGAGGAGGCGUGAAGAAGCCAGAGUCCGCCCCAACUAUAGGUUCUCCAAUGAUUUCUCGCCUCGAGAAAAGGAGCAUUCUCCGUUCGAUAAUGACUAUCAAGAAUCGCCCGCUGUUAUCAAGAAACGUGCGCCGUAUUCGAGUUUAGAAGGAACGAGAUUUGCCUUCGAAGAAGAUACAACAGCGUCCCCUAUGAGCGGCAGUUCGGCUCGUGCCAGAGACGGUGACUCGCCAGCCGCGCGUUUCCGAUUCGAUUCUGACUCGAUCUCACCUCGCUCCAUGUUUGAGGACGACUUUACGUUGCCCCACGUGCCCCAUAUUCGUCCUCGCACUGCAUCUAUCGCUGAAGAGGAGGAAGGGGACAUUCCCCCUCUUAGAACCAAACCGCCCCCCCAUAAAGACAUUAAAAAGUCAGAUUCCGUCAAUAUUUUCACACGCGAGAUCGACCCGUUUGAGAAUGACGCGUUUUUCGCGUGCACUGGGUCAGAUAAAGUCGCAAAAAGGGAGAAUUGGCCUGGGGACUUUGUCGCGUUCGAAGAUAUAUGA